CUUUCAGACACUCGGACCGAAGUUUGUUUUAUUAUUUGUUAUAUUAUUUUUCGUUGCCAGCAGCUGCGGCGGCCGGCCUUCUAUCGCAGCAAUUCUCACGUUCGCGGAGAACCAUUCGCUAGUUUGGGCAUUGUUGAAUGUAAACAAUAUUGGAACAAAAUAUUCCUUAGCGGCCUUACCUCAAAAUGCAGUCUGUGAAGACGGCAGAUCUGCCGGAAAAUCCCCGAGAGCGAUCAAAUUUUAUUUCGGCAGCAUGUUUCUGGUACACCAUGCCCACUUUUGUGAAGGGGCGAAAGGCCACGCUGGAGACCAAGGAUCUUUAUAGAGCCCUAAAGGAGCACAAAUCAGAGACUCUCGGAAACAAGCUAUGCGCCGCCUGGGAACGCGAGCUGGAGAAGACCAAGGGAAAGCCCAAUUUGCUCAGGGCCCUCUUGCGGGUGUUUGGCUGGUACUUUGGUCUGCUAGGACUGGUGCUCUUCCUUUUGGAGUUGGGCCUUCGAACGCUGCAACCGCUUUUCCUGUUAAAACUAAUUUCCUACUACGCCCAUGGCUCGGAGUCCAUUGAAGCUGCCUACUAUUAUGCUGCGGGAGUGAUCUUGUGUAGUGCUCUGAACGUAAUCAUUAUGCAUCCGUAUAUGCUGGGCACUAUGCAUGUGGGCCUCAAGAUGCGCGUGAGCAUGUGCAGCAUGAUCUACCGUAAGGCGCUACGACUGAGCACGACGGCUCUUGGAAACACCACCGCCGGUCAUGUGGUUAACCUGAUGUCCAACGAUGUAGGCAGGCUGGAUUUGGCUACUAUUUUCGUGCACUACCUUUGGGUUGGUCCGCUGGAGACUCUGUUUAUCACUUACUUGAUGUACCGUGAGAUUGGAAUCGCCGCUGUCUUUGGUGUGGCAUUUAUGCUUCUCUUCAUCCCCAUGCAGGCGUAUCUGGGUAAGAAGACAUCGGUUCUUCGACUGAAAACCGCUUUGCGAACGGACGAGCGAGUGCGGAUGAUGAACGAGAUUAUCUCGGGAAUUCAGGUGAUCAAGAUGUACGCCUGGGAGUUGCCCUUCGAGCAGAUGGUUGCCUAUGCGCGGAGAAAGGAGAUCAACGCCAUCCGUCACGUAUCCUACAUAAGGGGCAUUCUGCUCUCCUUCAUCAUCUUUCUCACCCGUGUGUCCAUUUUUCUGAGCCUUGUGGGUUACGUCCUGCUCGGCACGUUCCUUACCCCGGAGGUAGCCUUCUUGAUCACUGCCUACUACAAUAUCCUACGAACCACCAUGACUGUGUUCUUCCCACAAGGUAUAUCCCAGAUAGCGGAGACCCUAGUGUCUAUUAAGCGUGUUCAAAAGUAUAUGCAAUCGGAUGAAACGGAUGUCUCGGACAGGAGUGUGGCUUUGCCGGAGGAUCCGGUAAGCAGCAAUCAGGCAACGGUUCAUGCUGAUGGAGAGGAGGACGCCGAUGAGGCUGAAGAUAAGUUGCUGGGUCCGCUUCUUUCCACUAUUAAUGAAAAUGCAGUACUGUCGGAGGCGGGCAUCUCUAUCACUGGACUGAGAGCCAAAUGGGACAUUAAUUCGACUGACUACACUCUGAAUGGAGUAAACCUCCGAGUUCAACCUGGCACAAUGCUGGGCAUUGUCGGACGCACUGGCUCGGGCAAAUCCAGCCUCAUUCAAGCCAUUCUCGGAGAACUGCGCGCAGAGUUUGGCGAGAUAAAGGUUAAUGGAACGAUGUCCUAUGCCUCACAGGAGCCAUGGCUGUUCUCCGGCACCGUACGUCAGAACAUCCUCUUCGGUCAGCCUAUGGAUCGCCGACGCUACGCCAAGGUGGUGAAGAAGUGUGCUCUGGAACGCGACUUUGAGUUGCUACCAUUUAAGGAUAAAACCAUUGUCGGAGAGCGUGGCGCCUCCCUGUCCGGCGGACAGAAGGCAAGAAUCAGUCUGGCGAGAGCUGUUUACCGUGAGACUUCUAUUUACUUGCUGGAUGAUCCACUAAGUGCUGUAGACACCCAUGUGGCCCGCCAUCUAUUCGAACAGUGCAUGCGUGGCUAUUUGCGCGAGCGCAUCGUCAUUCUGGCCACUCAUCAGCUGCAGUUCCUGCAGCACGCCGACCAGAUUGUAAUAAUGGACAAGGGUCAGGUCAGUGCCGUGGGCACCUACGAGUCUCUACGGGAGUCCGGACUCGACUUUGCUAGCAUGCUGGCCGAUCCGGAGAGAGAUGAGCCGUCGGAGGAAAAAUCGCGCUCACGUUCGGGCAGCUACAGUCACAGCCAUGGUCAUGGUGACCAACGACGCAACAGCGAACAAUCUCUCCUGUCUAUAGCGGACUCAUGCUUGGAGGACGCAGAGGCGGAGGAGGGACAGAUGAUUAACCAGGAACGCCAGGAAGCAGGUCGUAUUGGCCUUGGUCUGUACAGCAAGUAUUUCAAGGCUGGCGGUGGUUUCUUCGCCUUCUUCGUGAUGAUGGGCUUCUGUGUGCUGUCGCAGGCAAUGGCUUCGUUGGGCGAUUACUUCCUCUCUUACUGGGUCACCAAAAAGGGAAACGUGGCUGCCCAAGCAGAUAAUAACACACUCAGCUCUGAGGCCAUCGAGUCGCAACUGUCACUUUGGAUGCGAGAUCUGGGUUGGGCCGUCGACGCUGAAAUGCUGGACACUUAUAUAUUCACGUUGAUAACGGUCUUGACCAUCGUGGUGACAGUGGCGCGCUCAUUUCUAUUCUUCAACCUGGCCAUGAAGGCUUCUAUCCAAUUGCAUAACUACAUGUUCCGAGGCAUCACCCGGGCAGCCAUGUACUUCUUUAAUACGAAUCCAUCGGGUCGCAUCCUGAAUCGCUUCUCGAAGGACAUGGGACAGGUGGACGAGAUACUGCCUGCCGUAAUGAUGGACGUUAUUCAGAUCUUCCUCUCACUGGCUGGCAUUGUUAUCGUCAUAGCUCUGGUCAAUCCACUAUUUCUAAUCCCAACCCUUGUCCUGGGCAUCAUUUUCUAUCAGCUGCGUACCUUUUACCUAAAAACUUCGCGGGAUGUAAAACGCUUAGAGGCAAUAACUCGCUCCCCUGUGUAUUCGCAUUUGGCUGCGUCACUCACGGGCCUUUCCACAAUUCGGGCUUUUGGAGCCCAACGUGUAUUGGAGGCAGAAUUCGAUAAUUACCAGGAUAUGCACAGCUCCGCGUUUUACAUGUUUAUAAGUACUUCGAGGGCCUUUGGCUAUUGGCUGGACUGCUUCUGUGUAAUUUAUAUAGCCAUAAUCACACUCAGCUUCUUCGUCUUUCCGCCUGCAAACGGUGGCGAUGUCGGUCUAGCAAUAACGCAGGCCAUGGGAAUGACCGGCAUGGUACAGUGGGGAAUGCGUCAGUCCGCUGAGCUGGAGAACACAAUGACUGCCGUGGAGCGUGUGGUUGAGUACGAGGACAUCGAGCCGGAGGGAGAAUUGGAAGCGCCAAUGGACAAGAAACCUCCGAAGUCAUGGCCAGAGCAAGGGAAAAUCGUGUUCGAUGAACUAAGUUUGCGCUACGUGCCAAACCCCAAGGCAGACUAUGUCCUCAAGUCACUAAACUUUGUCAUAAAGCCAAGGGAAAAAGUAGGAAUCGUUGGACGUACAGGAGCAGGAAAAUCUUCGCUGAUCAAUGCCCUUUUCCGACUGUCCUACAACGAUGGAUCCAUUCUCAUUGAUAAGCGAGAUACGAACGAUAUGGGUCUCCAUGAUCUGCGCAGCAAGAUAUCGAUCAUUCCCCAGGAACCUGUGCUCUUCUCCGGCACAAUGAGAUACAACCUGGAUCCAUUCGACGAGUAUAGUGACGACAAGCUGUGGCGCAGCCUGGAGGAAGUAAAGCUGAAGGAUGUGGUGGCAGAUUUGCCCAAUGGCCUGCAGAGCAAAAUCACAGAGGGCGGAACCAAUUUCAGUGUGGGUCAGCGCCAGUUGGUCUGCUUGGCCCGAGCUAUUCUGCGCGAGAAUCGUAUCCUGGUAAUGGAUGAGGCCACGGCUAACGUAGAUCCUCAGACAGAUGGGCUUAUCCAAACCACUAUUCGAAACAAGUUCAAGGAUUGUACAGUGCUGACGAUAGCCCAUCGUCUGCACACGAUCAUGGACUCCGACAAGGUGUUGGUUAUGGACGCUGGACGAGCUGUGGAGUUCGGUACGCCGUUUGAGCUAUUAACAAAGGCAGAUUCUAAGGUAUUCCAUGGCAUGGUGAAGCAAACGGGCCAAGCCACAUACGAAGGACUAUUAAAAAUUGCACAAAAGGCCUUUGAGGACAGCCAGGGUCUGCGCCGUUCCUCAUAAGACUCAGGGCAUAUGGAACAAAAUAUAUAGAAAUUAAGCCAACGUGCUUAAUACCGAGUAAUUAGCCGAUUAAAUGUAGUUAGCUUAACUAAUGUUAGUUUGCUUUGAAUGUGUUAUAUCGUGUGAGUGUAAAUAUGUUUGACCGUGUGUAUGUUGUUUACUGGUUUGUGUAAAUGAAACACUUUAUAGUUAUCCGUUGCUUAUUUUUCUAUUUGUAUUUAAAUCUCACUAAGCGCAAAGAAGUGCCUUUGAAAAUAAACGAAAUAUUUCUACUUAGA